UCCCCUCCGACGCCUGCAGCCGUGCAGCCUGAAACUGUGCCAGCCAGCCUCACGACUGCGCCAGGCCGAGUUGUGCAUCCAGGGAACAGAAAAACACACGAACGUAUGUCUUCACAUCCCUGCGGGCAUACGGAGGAGCAGCUCACAUGCGAUGGUACACAGACUGAUUAGAGUCGAACCCAGACGAAUCCUGAAGAAAAACCCGCUUGAGGCCCAGAAAUAUGACGGCCAUCAGCGCGCCCCGAGACAAAUACAAUGCGGUCUGGAUCAUCUUCUUCAUCCUGGGCCUGGGAACUCUCUUACCCUGGAAUUUCUUCAUGACGGCAACACAGUACUUCACCGACAGAUUGAAGGUUGAGCCGGUUUUCAGCAACCUGACAGCCAACGGAAUGAGCAAUGAGACCGCGGGCGAGCCCGGAUCUCCAAGUCUUUUGGAACUGAAGUUCAACAAUGUGAUGACGUUGUGCGCGAUGGUGCCUCUGCUCAUUUUCACCUGCCUCAACUCCUUCAUACAUCAGAGGAUCCCUCAGAAGCUGAGAAUCUCGGGCAGUCUGACCGUCAUCUUGGUCGUCUUCAUGCUCACGGCGGUGCUUGUCAAAGUUGAAAUGGAUCCCGUGCCCUUCUUCACCUUCACUAUGAUCAAAAUUGUCUUCAUCAAUUCAUUCGGGGCGAUUUUCCAGAGCAGUCUGUUUGGGCUGGCAGGGAUUCUGCCCGCCUCGUACACCACUCCCAUCAUGAGCGGGCAGGGGCUGGCGGGCACUUUUGCUGCUUUUUCCAUGAUCUGUGCACUGGCCAGUGGAUCAAAGCUGCAGGACAGUGCUUUUGGUUACUUCAUCACAGCCUGUGUUGUUAUUGCUAUGGCCAUCGUGUCCUACUUCAUUCUGCCCAAAAUGGAGUUCUUUCAGUACCACAUGGAGAGCAAUGGAUCGAGUCCGUCUGCUGAUGAGGAGAACAAGAUGGACCUUCUUAAAAAACAGAACUCCCCGGAAAAGCGGCCUGUGGUGAAUUUAGAUGAAGAUGAGACCCCGUCUGGAUCCUCAGUGUUUAACAUCUUCAAACAGAUCUGGGUGACGGCUCUGUCCGUUUGCUUCAUUUUCACCGUCACCAUCGGGAUGUUUCCAGCUGUUACUGCUGACGUCAAGUCCGCUAUCGCAGGCAAAGGAGAAUGGAACACGUACUUCAUCCCCGUGGCUUGCUUCCUCCUUUUCAACCUGAUGGACUGGGCUGGCAGGAGUCUGACGGCCCUCUGCAUGUGGCCGGGCAAAGACAGCAUGUGGCUUCCUGCCCUGGUGGGUCUACGGAUCAUCUUUUUCCCGCUCUUCAUGCUGUGUAACGUCCAACCGCGCCACUACCUCCCUGUGCCGUUUGAACACGACGCUUGGUACAUCAUCUUCAUGAUCCUGUUCUCCUUCUCCAAUGGAUACCUGGCCAGCCUCUGCAUGUGCUACGGUCCCAAGAAAGUGCCGUCACACCAGGCUGAAACAGCGGGCGCCAUCAUGGCCUUCUUUCUGUCCCUCGGCUUGGCGCUGGGCGCGGCGAUCUCCUUUGCUCUCCGGGCCAUGGUCUAGAACCUCCUGCAGAACCUUUAGUCCAUGUACUGUACAUAAGACCUCCUCACUCUCAUCACCGCCCUGUCAGGAGCUGGUUUGGAGAAGAUGGCACACCCGAGGACUAGAGAAGCUUGCUUUUCUUCACGUCACUAUGAAGACUCAUCCAACCAGCUGGAGCUCAAACAUGUCUCCGUGUUUAUCUAAUUGUAUUUUUCUACACUUGGCAGCACAGUGGCUAAGCCUUUGCUUUACGUUUUUGUUUGAAGAUGUUUUUAUUUAAUGACACCACAGAUCAAACAGCCCAUUCGCUGAGUGUAAUUAGAGCUUAGCAUCUUUGAAAAGUAGCUUUUUUUAGACUCUAGAGCAGAAACUCCUCCCUGAUGUAGAUAAAUUAGCUCAUGAGGACAAAUCGGACAGAUGCAGCAGUACGGAUCUCAUCCCCUUUGGGGCUGUCUGCGGUCUAAAUAUUCUGAUUUCAGCUGUGGAACAAGCAGAGUUCAUUUGGAAGCUGUCUUCCGAAUCAGAACCAUCACACAGCGAUGUUCAAACCAAAGCACAGAUGGGGGAAAAAGUAUAAACUGAAGGGAAGCUUGAACGGAUCCACCUCUCUCCAUCUUGGCUGAGGAGACUCCUCCGUUAAUCAGACUCAAGGAGGUUUCUGUCGGAGCCUCUCAGCCAGAAUGUCGUGAAAUCAUCGCCAGUGAGGAGUUCACUUCAGUUUGACUUGAAACAUUUUCUUUUGUGAAGUCCAGCCAUGCUUUUGUCGUCACUGAACUCUUUUAAAAAAAAAUUGUUUAAUGUCUUUGUUUUUUCUUUUAAAGCAGCGGCUUCUUAUACAGAAAAAACACAGCUGUCAGUGAUGUCAAGACGAAAUAGGCCCCGGAGGGAUCAAAUCUCCCUCUGGCCUCUAAAAUGUGUUAUUUAACAAACUCUGACAGAAGAUUAGUUUGUACCAGAAAUGGAUUUGGUGCCGUUUUUCAUUUUGGAUUAACAGAAUGAAUCUUUUUGUUUGUUUUGUUGUGGGAUUGUUUAAAGGACAUUUUACUUGCAGUAUUUUAAAUGCAGUCUUUUUGCAUAUUUUCCAAAGUGAACAAUCAUGGGAUGCCUUUUACCCAUACGUAUUUAACACCACUUCAAAUAAGCCCUUUAAAGAAGUCAGUAUUUUUUUUUGUUAAACAAAAAAUGCUUUAAUGUUAAACGUCCGCUAAUAUGUAUUCAAAAAGCCUGUUCAUUUAAGGGCACAGCAUUGGUGUUUGACGUUAACAAGUAUUAAGUAUAAGUUUGCUUACAUUUCAACCUGAAACUCCCAAGGAAAAUAAAUGUGUAUUUUUAAGA